UCAUGCAAAGGAGGAAGAUUCUGCGGAGGCACAUUUCCUGGGCUGUGUUGUAUAUAAGAUGCAGACAAGUCGACUUUACUGGAUUGUUUGGCUGAUGGCGAUGACUUCCUUGGCAUAUGCAGAGAAUCCUAAGGUGACACUAAAGAUAAAGAAUCAGGAAGAAGUUUACAUGAGUGACAAUGUGACACUGGAGUGCAGUAUUAAGAGUGACUUACCUAACUGGAAAUAUCACUGGUACGCAUGGAGAUUAUCAGCCCAGUUGCAAGAUGUUUAUGGCAUCCUGGAAGACACAAACAUACUUCAGGUGGUGUUGUCAUUUGAAACUGAAGUGUACUGGUGUGCUGCUGUCAGAGAUGAUCAUCCUUAUUACUUCGAGUUCAGCAAUUCUGUGACACUGACUGUUCAAGAGAAACCAAAGGCGACACUGAAAAUGAGGAGACCUGUGCACAUUGGAGACACACUGACCCUGAACUGUAGCAUUGAAGGGGUCUUUACUGGCUGGAGAUACACCUGGUAUAAACUGAACUGGACAGGAGGGAGUGAUUUACUUUAUGAAACCACUGAAGACACUUACACUGUCCAGUCUGUGACUCAGUCUGAUGCUGGAGUGUACUGGUGUGCUGGUGAAAGAGAUGGGCGUCUUCAAUACUCUGAGCCCAGCAAUGCUGUUACACUGAGUAUUCAAGAGAAAAGAAAGGUUGUACUGAAGAUGAGAAGUGAGAAAGAAGUGAUUUACGAAGGUGACAAUGUGACUCUGGAGUGCAGAAUUGAGGGGGGUUUACCUGGCUGGAGAUAUCACUGGUUUAAAAGUAGCUGGGAAAACAAGUGGAUGGAGAUCACUGGCACCACUGCAGACACGUACACGAUGGAGUCUGUGAGCUUCUAUGACAGUAGAGAGUACUGGUGUUGGGCUGUCAGAGAUGAUCCACCUGAUUACUCAGAGGUCAGCAAUACUGUGACAGUGAAUCUUCAAGGUGAAUUAAAUGAGACACUAAAAACGAAGAAUAACGGACCCUUAUACGUUGGAGGCAACGUGACUCUGAAAUGCAGCUUUGACAGCAGCUUUAACGACGGGGGAUAUAACUGGAGGAAAUGGAGCUGGACAGAAGGGAUGGAACAGCUUUACACUGGAAACGCUUACAUAAUUCCGUCUGUGACUCAGUCCGAUAAUGGACUAUACUGUUGUUCGGACUUUUCUCCAUCGUCACAUCUCAUUGCUGUUUUUCUACUGAGUGCUCAAGCAACACAAAAAGUGACACUGAAGAUAAAGAAUCCGAAGAUACCAUUUUACAUUGGUGACAACGUGACUCUGGAGUGCAGCAGUGAGGGUGACUUAUCUGGCUGGACAUAUCGUUGGUACCACUGGAGCCAUGCAGGCAUGUGGAAUGAGCUUAAGAAUACCACUCAAGACACUUACACUCUCCAGUCUGUGGCUCAGUCCGAUGGUGGAAAGUACUGGUGUUACGCUUUCACAGACGAUCCCCUGCAUUACACAGAGUUCAGCAAUGCUGUGACACUGACUGUUAAAGUUGAUUAUUUAGCAGGAAAUGGAAUUCAAAUCGGAUUAUCAUGUCUGGUGCUAAUUGUGCUGCUGGUACUCAUGAGCGAGUGCUUCUGGAUCAGAGUGCUUUUGACUGGCAGAUCUGCUGAGAGUGAUAGUGAGAGGCACAAAGUGAUCUGAGGCUUUGAAUGAGACUGGUGAUUCCAGAGAUGAUAUAUCAAGGCCUAAAUGAUGAUGGCUGCAGUUCUUGUUAACAGUGAAAGAACAGAAGUGAACUCAACAGCGAUCUGCAAGGUUCAUGUCCACACUCUUUGCAUUACCUUUACAUUUAUUUGCUUAGGAAAUGGUUUUAUCCAAAGGGACUUCCAAAAAAGUCCACAUAAUCAAGUGAGGAAUUGCUUGGUGCCAGGUGUUACAGGACAAGGUGACUACAUUUAUCACAAGUCCAGAACAAAAUGCAAGUGAAUUAAAAUUCCUAGGUUAUGAAAACCUGACAGCUAAGAUCAUUGGCUUUCAGAUGUUUUAAAAUUGUUAGACUUUAUUUUUGUAAUUCAUUUUCUUUGUAAUUGCUUUUCUCUACUGAACCUGUUACCACACUUUGAGACAUUUUUGAAGACUCCUGUCUUAGCACAUUUUACUCCUUAAUAUGACAUUGGUUCUACUACUUUCUUUUUUGGUCUCCAGCUUAGAUCAGUCCUUCAGGCCUGUUUAAUAUUUUUAUCGUUUUCACUUACCACCCAACAAUCUUAACCAAACUAUAUUCCUUUAUAGUUCUAUCCACAAAACCAGUAUGUGAAUUGCCUCACAACAUACUUUACAUUCUCAGUCUACUGGACAAUGUGAUCUGUCCAUGGCUACUGGCCUCCAAUGGUCCUAUAUUUUUAAAAACUUUGCUAUCGUUACUAGAAACCUCAACCUCCAAAAUAUUACAUUUAAGUUUGCAUGCAGAUUAUACGUCACACCACAUAAAUGAUUUCUUACGGGCUUUGCCUCUUGAUGCCAUUUGUGUCAAUCUGGGGCAUUAUGUCUUUUCUUCACUUGUUAUGGGAAGGUCCCAUCAUAGCUACUUUUUGGUCUAAUGUUGCUUGUUUUCUGUCUUCCAUUUCUUCUACCAGAGUUCUUCUGAGUCCUCACUAUUUUCUUUUUCUUGAUCUGUCUUUCCUAUCACUAAAUCUUCUCCAGCCAAGGUUAUUCUCUUCACCUCUCCUGCUGCUAAAUCAGUUUUGAUAACCUGAUGGAAAUCCUGAUUGCCAAUCAGUUUCAACUGAAAAGACUCUUUUCUUAAUUUUAUACUCUUAGAGCUUUCGACAGCAAGGAUUAACGCAGCAUGCGGGACUAAUACAAGCAAGUGACAACACUGAGUCAAAAAUCAUUCAAAAGGGGGAUUCUCACUGCCGUUCAAGACAGCACCCCUUGGAUUCUGGGGACCAGUUGGCUUGGCUCUCAGUUCAGCCACAUAUAAGCAAUGUUGGGCAGAAUACUUGAGAAAAAGUAUUUAGAUACUCAAUACUGAAGGAACAGCCCUUAGUGUAUUCUAAUUUGUAUUCUGACUGAAUGCUCAAAAUGUGUAACUUAUUCUGAACACUUUAUAAAUAUUUUUCAAAUAGUUUCAGAUGCUGAUCUAUAGCAAAUGGUAUAACAAGUUAAACAUAUUUAAUGUAAAUCAUGACCUGAAAAUGCACUUCAGUCUCACAUGAAACAGAAGAUGUUCAUCAAAAACAAAGGAAACCCACUUUUUCAGAAAUCUAUUAUUAAUAAACGUUUAAUAUUUUGAAAAAAUAGGCUGGUGUGGUAGGCUGGUGCCCUGCCCAGGGUUUGUAAUUCACUGAAAUGUUAGCAUUUGCAUGUAACCUAUGCACAUCCUCACAUGUACCUUAAAUCAAAUCAAGCGACACACCACUUUUCACAUUUUCAUUUUCUCGUCAAAAGACAGCACUUUGCGCUUCCUCUUAGCCUUUGAGUGAUUGCUUUGGCCACUUAUCUGGUCUUUGUAGCCAUUUUUGCACAGAAACAAAGGGUGCACAUGUAAGCCUUCUUUCUUUUACGCGGGUCCUUCAAUUCCUGACAUCUUCCACCAUAAGAGAUGAGCACACGUGUACACAAUGUACUCUGCACCACGCAACUAUGUCUUAUCCGGCCAAAUAAAGUCAACCACAAAUCACCAUAUUAAUUCCACUUUUAAAUUUAGUAACUUUAAGUGGAAAUUAGGCUCAAGAGGAUAAAAAGCAAACAGAAUAGCCACAAUCAAACAGUUUUACAUUCCCUCCUCAUCUGUAGCGCUGCUGAUUUAAACAUGAAAUAAUUACUUAACUGCUACUCGUUAAACCACAAACAAAUAUAAAGUAACAACAAAUGUGUUUUAGAAAACUGGAUAAAGACAGCAAGGUUUAUGAAAGAGCUUAGCUUGCCUAAAAGGCAAACAGAAACUGCCAAAAUUAGCAGCAUGUUGCAAACUAUUUGCAUCAACAGCACAGUUGCUUCCAGCCACGAAGGAAUGAGAUCAAGCGUUAGGCUUCCUAAAAGACAACAAUUAAAACCACAAUCUCCCAAUGCCUGAACAUUAAAGGUGUGAUGUGCUCGCUGCUGCUGGUUCGAGUGAGGACUCUUGCAGACGAGUUUUGAAUAAGCUGGAGCUGUAA